AUGGGUGGAGAAGUCUCCAAGCAGAGAAAAGAAAGGUUAGAAAUACUGAAGGCAAGGCAAUGGCCAGGUCUAAAACCUGAGGAAGAUCAUGGGGCAAUUAAAGUUAUGGAGAAAGUGCUAUAUGAUUCUGCGAAGGCCAGUGAUGUUGAUAGCUUCGUUGAUGCCUUGCAACAAGUUUCAUCAGGCAAGCAACUUACUUUGUCUGCAAAUUUUGAACAAGUUACUCCCCCUAGGAAUUCACUGCUUAACGUGGCAGCAAAUUUUGGUAGCAAAGAGAUUACGGAGCUUGUGUCUCAUCACUUUCCUAACCUAAUCUCGAGGAAGAACUUCCAGGGUGAUACUGCACUUCAUCUUGCUGCCAGAGCUGGAAAGCUGGACACGAUUAGAAUUCUGGUCAAUAAUGCGGGACCAGGAAGUGAAUCUGCUAGCUUGCUGAGAAUGGGAAAUGAAAAAGGAGAAGCUGCUUUACAUGAUGCUGUGAUUAAUGGUAACUAUGAAGUGGUCCAUUUCCUGGUUUCCGUGGACCCAGUUGUGUCAGAGACUAAGAAUGAGAAGAUUCUUGCUCUUCUUUUGGAAGCUACACCCGGAGGAGAUUCACUCAACGGGCCACUAGGAAAGUCCCCGGCUCAUGCUGCCGUCGAGCAAAGAAAUUUAGAUAUACUGAAACAAAUAGCAGAAAAAAGGCCAGAGCUAAUUCGCGUGAAGGAUGAAAAGGGCAGGAAUGCACUUCACUUGGCAUCGCUCAUAGGUUAUCUAAAGGGAGUUCAAUGCCUGCUAGAGAAGUUUAGUGAUGGUGCAUUUGAAAGUGACAAAGAAGGUCUAUACCCCAUCCAUGUUGCUAGCAAAAAUGGCCAUGUUAGAGUGAUAAACGAAUUGGUAGAUCAGUGGUUCGAUCCAAAAGAAUUUCUGACUAAAAAAUCCAAGAACAUUCUUCACGUUGCAGCAGAGAAGGACCAACAAAACGUGGUGCGGUACAUACUCAGAAAUCUCGAGCUGGCAUCGCUUCUAAAUGAGAAAGAUGAGGAUGGAAAUACACCUUUGCAUUUGGCAACCAAACUGAAUGAUAUUGCAAACAAUGAAAACCUGACAUCAUUUGAUGUUGCUCAGGGACAAUCUCGAAAAGCUGAAGCGGAAUACUUUGAAAGCACUAUUUCAAAUGAAAAGCCUUUUCCAGUACAGAACAAGUUAACAAAUUCCAAGCCUGUGAACCAUGGAAGAACUCAACCUCAAGCAGUGGACUCGAAGGAAUCUAAACAGCCAGAUUAUUUUGGAUUGGCAUAUGAAUUUUUACCCAUUCAAGGCAAGCCCCUGUCAAAAGAGGAAAUGAAGAGCAGGGUAGAGACUCUUCUUGUUGUGGCAGUACUUGUUGCUAGUGUAACCUUUGCUGGUGCAAUGGUGGACGCAGGACCAAAUGUCCACAGGGCAGAAUAA